AUUUUUAGUUUCCACGUUAUCGUUCUAUUAUUUAGUAAUCUUCUUAAUUCAUUCUUGAUAGAGUGCGGCCUGAAACUUUGCAGGUUGGAUAGCAUUUAGUCGAUUGCACUAGUUGAGUUGUCUACUGUUGAUAUAGGCGAAGUACCGGGGUUAAUAACAUGGGUUUGAAGAUGGUAUUUCGGACUGCUAAAUUACGUGUUAUUUUAUGUGUGCUAUUUAUUUUUGAACACAUUGCCGUUGGAAAUGGAGAAGUUUUGAGGCCAAGAGGAGUUUCUCUUUCAAAGAAAAUAUUUUAUGAUCCACGCAAAGAAUUUACCUGCUUAGAUGGUUCUGGAACAGUUCCUUUUAGUUUUGUAAAUGACGACUAUUGUGAUUGUGAAGAUGGAUCUGAUGAACCUGGUGAGUUAUGUGUGUUAUUAAUUCUUCCAUAUGUUGUUGAAAAUGGUGUCAUUUUGUGUUUUUCAUAUAAAUUUACUGAUGUUUGGUUUCAA